AAUUGCUUUCAUGCAUUCUGACCACACCCAUAUACCAUCACGCUUUCUUUAAAAUGGCGGAUGAACAAACAGCAGAAGUUGUCGAGGAAGUAGUAGCAGAAAAAGGAAAAGAAGAUAGUCAAGAGCCAGAAAACUGUUUAGAAGAAAAGGAAAAGCUAAUGUCCGAAAUAUUGGAUAUUCAGAACACGCUGCACGACUUGUCCCAGCGAUUAGACUCAGAUAGUCUAGAGCGAGAAACCCUCGCAGAAAACUGUUCAGAAGAAAAGGAAAAGCUAAUGUCCGAAAUAUUGGAGCUUCAGAACACGCUGCACGACUUGUCCCAGCGAGUACACUCAGUGAAGGAGGAGAAUGAACAGCUACAAGCAGACAAUCAGGUGUUAGAUCAAUACAUUCAAGGACUCAUAGAAAAUUCUGAUAUUUUUCAGCCUACGUUAAAGUGAAUUGGAUAUCAAUCAUAAAUUGUUUGAAUAACUACACUACAUACAGUAUCAUGUCAGUAUGUAUAUACAUAAUACAAAAAAUUUUUUCUAAAAUUGAAUUAUUUUUUGUAUAAUGAGUACAGCUAUCUUUGAAUGUUUUGAUACAGUUCAAUCACA